AUGAUGCGUCUGUCCAAAGGCGUCUCUCCCGGCCCCUGUCGCCCGGUCCCCCCGUCUCUCCCGUCUGUCCCGGGCUCACAGCACAUGAAGGCCCUGUCCGGAGCCGCGGGUCUCAGUGUGGACUUCUUCAACCCGGGUCUGGGCAGUCCUCCUCUCAGCUCGGUACCGGCCGGAUACUUCACACAAAUCUGCAACACCAACACGACCGAACAAAGAGCCCACAGCCUGUACUCCACCCCCCACGGCCCGCACGGGCCCCACUGCCCCGGAGGCAAGCCGCUCCGCUCCUCCACAGGCAGACUGCCGACUAAGAGGAAGCUGGACCUGGAGGACCCUUCGUACCUGCCUGAGUUCCGCACUCCAAAGGGCAAAGGCAUUAACGCCCGGAUCUCCAGCCCCCGAACCCCUAAGUCUCCAGGUGAGCGGACACGGUACGACACAUCCCUGGGCCUCCUCACCAAAAAGUUUGUCAAUCUGAUCGCUGAGAGUCCUGAUGGAGUCCUGGACCUGAACUGGGCUACGGAAGUCCUGGAGGUCCAAAAAAGACGCAUUUAUGACAUCACCAACGUCCUGGAGGGAGUGCAGCUCAUCCGCAAGAAGUCCAAGAACAACAUCCAGUGGCUUGUUGGUGACGUGUUUGAGGGCGGGGCUAGCGGAGGACAGAGGGCCGGUGCUCUGAGGAAGGAGCUGUGUGAGCUGGAGAGAGCAGAGAGAGCGCUGGAUGAGCUGAUCCAGUCCAGUACAGCACAGCUCAAACAGCUGACCGAGGACCACAGCAGUCAGAGGCUGGGCUAUGUGACGUACCAGGACCUGCGCUCCAUCUCCAGCCUCAGGGACCAGACCGUGAUUGCAGUCAAAGCCCCCGCAGAGACCAAGCUGGAGGUGCCCGACACACCAGGGCAGAGCAGUUUACAAAUCUACCUGAAGAGCACCAACGGGCCCAUUGAGGUGUACCUGUGCCCGGAGGAGGGGCUGGAGGAGGCUAGCCCAGUGAAGGGAGGCCUCACCCCAAAGAAAGAGUUCCCAUCUCCCCUGGGCCCCCCCGUGGUGGCCGCUACCUCCACACACGACUACUGCAGCCGCUUAGAGCCAAGCCAUGGUAAUGCGUCCUCCGUGCCCCCCUCCACUGCCUCUCUGCUGGACGUGGAGGGGCUGCUGGGUCUACCCCCCAGCCUUCUGCAGAUGACCGAGGACCAGCUGCCCAGCUCAGCCCUGGCCCCCUUCGUCAGUUUCUCCCCCCCUCUGGACCAUGACGACUACCUGUGGAGCCUGGAGGAGCACGAGGGAGUGUCCGACUUCUUCGACUCGUACGACCUGGGUGACCUGCUCAAGAGCUGA